UUUGAAUUUUUGGCGGUCUUUGAAGGUCACGACAAUUCGUAUGUUGCCUGCUUUUGAAGGUUCAGACGUUAACGUUCGCUCUACAACGACAGCCGAGGAUAUUGAUAUUAAUCAGUUUGGAUCAGAAAAGGCUACGAACCCAUCACAAUUCCUCAAACGAUCUAAGAUUAAAUGGACUAUCAGUGACAUCGAUAUCGGAAGAAAACUGGGCGAGGGUCGCUUCGGCUCCGUAUAUCUUGCCCGAGAAAAAGCUAGUCGAUUUGUUAUUGCCCUAAAGGUUGUCCACUCUCCGAAGUUAAUUUUUUAGAUCUUGUCGAAAUCUCGACUUGUAAGUCAGGAACUGAUGAAACAGGUUCAACGUGAAAUUGAAAUACAGUCUCAUUUGAAGUAUGUGUCUUAUUCAGUCGUAUCUUACUAACAGGCAUCCGAAUAUUGUUCGUAUGUAUAGCUAUUUUUACGAUACCAAACGUAUAUACAUGGUGCUCGAGUAUGUACCCAGAGGUGAGCUUUCAAAAGAAAUCAGUCGUUUAGGUCACUUUGGUGAUGUCCGUGCCGCAACGUAUGUAUACCAGCUGUCAAAAGCUCUAUCUUACUGUCAUCAAAAUGAUGUUAUACAUCGGGACGUAAAACCAGAGAAUAUACUUCUUGGGGCUCGUGGUGAAGUAAAGAUUGCGGAUUUCGGCAGUUCAGUACAUCUACCUGCUUCUCGACGCAUGACGACUUUCGGUACACUCAACUAUUUGGCCCCAGAAAUGUUUAACUUGGAGUGCGUCCAUGAUCACAGUGUAGAUAUUUGGAGUUUGGGGAUACUAACUUUUGAAAUGCUUACCGGUUACUUACCUUUCGAUGGAGAGACCUUCGAAGAAAUCUCCAAGAAAAUUCAAACGGCUGUUGUUAUAUUUCCAAGUACAGUAAAUUCAGAUGCAAAGGAACUUAUCAAUUGUAUGCUUAGAAAGUUGUCUAGUCAAAGGGUAUCCUUAAAUGAAAUUGAGAAUUAUGAUUGGAUUAAAUUAAAUUCGGAAUUUUCUGUGAGCCAAUGUAAAGCAGCCCUUCAAGAUUGGGAAAAUUCAAUUAAUCAGAAUUCUACUUGUCCUUCAUCCUCUAGCUAUGAAAGUUCAUCUGCAUUCAUGAACACGUUUUCUAACGAUUAAUAUCCUUUUAUCGUUUUAUGAGAUGUCAUGUCUUUCAGUAUCUGUUUACAUAAUAAUAUAAAAAAUUAACAUUAUUUUCAAAAGAAAUGCAUGUAUUUACAAUGUGUUUUCGUGCCCAUGAGCAGUAUACUUUUAAAUCCCAAUAUAUUCAUCAAUGUGAAAAUAUUUUUGAUCAAAUCUAUUUUUGUUUCCUAUGAAAAGAUUUUUGAUUUAUGCAACAUAUAUAUGAACUAUAAACUUUAUCUUAUAACCAUCUUUAUUUACUAGACUUUCAUAUGCAAUUUGUUUGCUAACUUUAUUAAAGAUUUAGAUGUUUUAAUCUGUUUUUCUACUGUCAUCUGAUUACUUUUAAGUAUCUAUUUAGAAAACAGUUUAUAACUAUUUGUCUGUAGGAAUUUUUCAGCGCUUUUGUUUUUGUUUAAUUAACAAUUACUUCAACUGGAAUGGAAUUUCCUCCGGAGUUUUAUUGUUUAUUCGUGCAUUUGACUCUAACUACUUUCCACCGUGGCGUGCUCGUGUUGACGCACUGAAUCACUGUGAAAUCUAUUUCUUAUGGUGAAAUUGUCGCUUAAUUUAUUGUACAAAUAGCACUUGUUAGGUAUAUUCGCUGUAUUUGAGAGCUAUGAUGACUUUAAACUAUGUACAAAAUAAUCAAUGAGGGAAAAAUGGACAACAUGCUAAAGGCUACUUGAUUUUAAUUUUAAUGGCUUUGUUUCUUUUGAAAUACUACAUAAACGCAGAGUCUCCAAAGAAAGCAUACAUGUUCAAGUUUUGUCUCGAAAUACGGUAAAAAGAAAUGAUUUUAUAAAUAUAACUUGUCAAUCGCCCGUGAUUUUAUGUGUUAAAUAAUGAGCACUGUGUAUUUUUUUUCUGAGUGUUACUUUUACUGUUCGCUUGUCC